AUGGCCGUCCAGAAACGAAUCUCCGGCAUUUUCAUGGGGUUUACCCGGAAUUGGUUUGUCCUGCUUCAUUCCCCCAGCUUGACUCUAUUCCCAUUCUUUGUUCCUCGUGCUGUUGCGCAAAUGACCCCUUUAAACAAAAGAGGGGAGGAUUUUCCUUCUUUAAGGGAGUACAAUGACUACUUGGACACUCGAUGUGCCGUUUCUGUUGAGGAAUAUGCAGCUGCUUUGGCGGUAAGCAAGGGACAACAGCCGCAGACGAACGUUGAUUUUGCCCAGAGUGGACCCAAUUAUCAGUGCUUGGGCUUAGCCCAAACGAUCCAAAUGGAUUGGGUCCUCACAUCACCUCUCAGAUAA